AUGCUUAGAAGAGAGGCCACCACAAUAAGAUUAUCACCAGAAGAUAUUUUAGAAUAUGAUGAUAGUGUGGCACAACAAAAACAGAAACAAGAACAACAAUCUAUACCUUCUCAACAGAAUCCAUCUGAUUUUAGUCCUCAUAAUAUCUUACAAGAACAAAUAAACAAUAGUAGUCAUAGCAUAAUCCCUGAUUUCAAAGAAGAAACAGGUUCAAUCCAUCAGAGAUCCCGUGCGAGUCAACAACAACAACAACAACAACUCCAACAAUCAAGAGAUGAGAGGAUUGGUAUUCACAGGAAUUAG